ACUUUCUUCGGCCAGGAAAGGUUGAUGUUUCCUGCUUCAGUCACUUGACAGACGCCGGGCAGCAAGAAAAUACACUUACAGUUUGGGGGUUGUGUUCGAACCAAAACGGGGGAAAUAUUCAAUGUAUUGACAGUUUAAAGGCUGUAGAGCGAAAUAUCCCCACUGGAACUACGGAAAUAGAUGAACACCGCAUCAAAUACUGUAAGUAGGCAUGGUGAGCUGCAGCAUUCCACAUCAAGGAGUAGCAGUGUCAGCUGAAAUUGACCCAGGAUGGGGAUGGGCCAGUUGUAUACUUGAAGUCUUAUCCUGAGGAGGACACAUUACUUUAUGACCUUGCACCCUUGAAUGCCAACAGCCCCCAAAAUGGAGGAGCAACCCAGUCUCCCCAAUGUCAGCAUACCCUGCCACAAUGAGCAGAGAGACAAGAAAAAGCGUUUUACAGUUUACAAAGUGAUAGUCAAUGUUGGACAACAGGAAUGGUUUGUCUUCCGGCGUUAUGCAGAGUUUGAUAAACUCUACAACACAUUACGGAAACAGUUUCCAUCUGUAAACUUGAAAAUUCCAGCCAAGAGGAUAUUUGGGGACAAUUUUGACCCCGAGUUCAUCAAGCAAAGAAGAGCAGGGUUACACGAGUUCAUCAAGCAAAUAGUGUCAAAUCCUCAGCUUUGCAACCAUGCAGAUGUGAGGAACUUUCUGCAGAUGAACAAAAUCCAAAACUUUUCAGAUGCCUCAGAGGACGAAGAUGACAAACAGAACAACCCUACCUCCAGAAACAUUAACCUGGGACCCUCUGGAAAUCCACAUGCCAAGCCCACAGACUUUGACUUUUUAAAGGUCAUAGGAAAAGGGAGUUUUGGGAAGGUUUUUCUUGCAAAAAGAAAACAUGACGGAAAGUAUUAUGCAGUCAAGGUCUUACAGAAAAAGGUCAUUCUCAAUAGAAAAGAGCAAAAACACAUAAUGGCAGAGCGCAAUGUGCUGCUGAAGAAUGUGAAACACCCUUUCCUGGUUGGGCUUCAUUAUUCCUUCCAGACAACCGACAAGUUAUACUUCGUCUUGGAUUUCAUCAAUGGAGGAGAACUUUUCUUCCAUCUUCAAAAAGAGAGGACCUUUCCAGAGCCCAGAGCAAAAUUCUACAUUUCUGAAAUGGCAAGUGCACUGGGAUAUCUGCACUCUCUCAACAUUGUUUACAGAGACUUGAAGCCAGAAAACAUCCUCCUUGACCAUGAAGGGCAUAUCAUUUUGACGGACUUUGGAUUGUGCAAGGAAGGCAUUUCCCAGACAGACACCACCACUACAUUUUGUGGAACUCCUGAGUAUUUAGCUCCAGAGGUCCUGAGGAAGCAGCCAUACGAUAAUACAGUAGAUUGGUGGUGUCUGGGUUCAGUGCUGUAUGAAAUGCUCUUCGGCCUGCCGCCAUUCUACAGCAGGGACACACAUGAAAUGUAUGACAACAUCCUCCACAAGCCGUUGGCGAUGCGUCCCGGUGCAUCCAGCACAGCCUGGUCUCUCCUCCAGGGCCUGCUGGAGAAAGACGGCACACAUAGACUGGGCUCCAGAGAUGACUUUAAUGAGAUCAAAGAGCACAGCUUCUUCUCUUCCAUCAACUGGGAUGACCUUGAACAGAAGAAGAUCCCUCCCCCAUUUACGCCCAAUGUGAGCUCUUACUGCGACAUCUCAAACUUUGAUCCUGAGUUCACAGACGAGAUGGUCCCCAACUCCGUGUGUUGGUCUCAAGAACAUUCCAUAGUCAACGCCAGUGUAAUGGAGGCCGACGAUGCCUUUGUGGGCUUCUCUUACGCCCCACCUUCUGAUGACUCUUUCCAAUGAAACAUUCCCAGUUAUCGCCUUAACCAUCAUAACUUCUUUUGACUAAAGGGAAGAAUUUAUACCAUGGAUGAACUUGUUCUAUGAAGCCAAAGCAAGCAGCUGAGCAGAAACAGCACUUACAAAAGGUUUUGGUUGGAAGAAAGUGUGCCAGAAAAAUCUUUAUAUUUUACUCAUUUGUAUUUAAAUAUCAUCUGUUAUAUAUAUAUAUAUAUAUAUAUAUAUAACAGAUGAUAUUUCAAAGAAUUAAGGACAGCCAUCCUCUAUUGAUGUAAUUUCUGGUUGUUUCUAAAGCCUUAAAUUUGUCCCUUAAAUGAAAUCAAUAAGCAGUUUUCUGAAAAACUUGAACAAUUCACUGGACUUCACCAUUUGACUGUCAGAUGGAAGUGUGUUUGUCCAUGUAUUUACUGUAAAAACAAACGUAUGUAUCAUUCAUUUUAACUAAGCUGGAAAUAGGGAUUACUUGAGAGACCACUGAAUAACAGUUUGGUAUAGGUCACAUUUGUUUAAAAAAAUGUCUACGUCUUCAGUUACCAUUCAGUUGUUGCGAAUUUUUUUUAUUGGAUUGUUGUGUUUAUUUUUUUCUGUUCUUUGCCCUAACACAGUUGCAGAAAUUAUAAAUCCACAAUGCUUUGCUACGCCUGGCAAUUUAGUAGGCCUAUACUCCUGCAAAGUAAUAAAAAAAUAUCAAAGAAA